UAAAAACAAAAACAUUGGGUUUCUACUCAUUCUCUUCUUUCGUCUUUGGUAAUAGCAACAAUACCAAAAUGGCGAACAACGAGAGCAUCAGAAGUGUGACAAGUUGUUAUGUUUUCAAAAGCCGAUUGCAAGAGUAUGCGCAGAAAGUUGGACUUCCUACCCCUGUUUAUGAGACUAUCAAGGAAGGCCCUUCUCAUGAGCCUACAUUUACGUCUACAGUGAUUGUGGACAAUGUUAGAUAUGAUUCUCUACCUGGAUUUUACAAUCGCAAGGCGGCGGAGCAAUCAGCUGCUGAAGUUGCACUCAUGAGUCUUGGAAACACUGGGUCAAUGGAAAACCUUUCUCAGCCAGUGCAUGAAACAGGCUUGUGCAAAAAUUUGUUGCAAGAGUAUGCUCAGAAGAUGAAUUUUGCAAUCCCACAAUAUGAAUGCGAGAGGUAUGACUCAGAAAGCAAAAUUAUAUCAUUUUCAUGUACUGUUGACGUAGGGGGAAUGAAAUAUAUUGGAGCAGCAGCUAGAACAAAGAAGGAAGCAGAGAUCAAAGCUGCUCGAACUGCAUUGUUGGCCGUUCAGUCUAGCGGUUUUGCGCCUAACUAUUCUUCAUACACUGUUGUUCCAAUGAAGAAGGUCACAGAUUUGGCAAUCAGCAACCAGGAGAGUGCAGCAGCUCUGAAACCAAAGAAAAACAGAUUCAAGAAAAAGCAGACGAGGAAUGUUUCAGAUGCCAGUUAUCGUGUACGCACAAAGAACACUGGUGACUCGGAAGUUCAGAUGGUAAAUCAAGCUAAACCAGAGAUGCAUGAAAAUGCUGCUGUGAUGACUCAAGGUACAGGAUCUGGACCUGCACCUUUUGCAGGCACUAUGGGUGAUCUAGUUCCAUCCAACAAUUUGAGUUCUGAUUAUGGAACUUCAAAUCUUGGAAUCAACUCUCAGUGUGGUGGAGGAGUUACGACUGAGGGAAAUGCUGUUAUUGGAGUUGAGCAGGUAACUUCAGAGUUGGCACCAGUUGCUUGGAAUGACAACCUUCAUGUACAGGACCUGCCCCUUUUGCAUGAAAAUGCUGCUGUGAUGACUCAAGGUACAGGAUCUGGACCUGCACCUUUUGCAGACACUAUGGGUGAUCUAGUUCCAUCCAACAAUUGUGGUUCUGAUUUUGGAACAUCAAACCUUGGAAUCAACUCUCAGUGUGGUGGAGGAGUUACAACUGAGGGAAAUGCCGGUAUUGGAGUUGAGCAGGUAACUUCAGAGGUGGCACCAGUUGCUUGUAACGACAACCUUCAUGUGCUAUAGAUGCAGAUCAAGGAUGAAGUACAAACAUGGAGUCAGAAAUAUCUUAACAUGUUUGUUUUGCAGGAUUAGCUAUAUCAGAUGGUGGGUACAAGAACAGUUUAGAUUAUAGAGAAUACAUAGGCCGCUCAAAAAAAAAUCGCGAGUUGGUUAAGCUUUUCAUUGGAACAUCCAGAUUGAAUGGAUUGUUGAUGGCGUGCUUUCGCCAUAGUGUUAUAGCUUUUAUAGUUACUAGUACAUGCCAAAUGUGUGGUGUAGUUGGCACAGUCACAGGUGCAUAAAUCAGUCUUGACAUUACUUGGUUUACUUCAUUUGCUUGACCAUUUGAUUUGCUAUUUGAUGAGGUAACCUGUUUUAUGACAAUAUUUAAGUAUUUAUGCUGUCAUUUACAAUUUGAAGAAGCAACAUAUAUAGAUAUAGGAGCAGUUACCAGUCUUUA